AUAAAUACGGACUUAGUAUAAAGACUUUGUGACAAAUAAAAAAAAAAGUAUAAUAACUUGAUGGACUUGAUAUUUAUUAUAUGGACACUUACUUUCAUUAAAUGUUCAACAGCUACAUUAUAUUAUUCUAACACAGAUAACAAAACUUACUACCAAGCAGAGCAGUUUUGCAAUAGAGUAGGUGGAGUGCUCCUGAGGUACGGAGGAAGAUUCAGUGAAGUGAUUCGUACCUGUGAAAAAUUCCAAACAGAUGUUUGGACUGGUAAACCAUGGUAUAGGAAAUGGGAAAAUUGUUAUUAUGAUGGUAAUAUAAACACACUGAGAACAGCAGUAGUCAACAGAACCGCAGAUAAACACGUAGCAGUAUGUGCAGACUUUUGUGCCAAUGAGAAUUACACUAGUUUUGCUGUACAGACUAAGUCAUGCUUCUGUUAUAACGAAGGUGUAACGUUUACUGCAUCUUUCUGUUUUGAUCAAACAAUUAAAUGUCCCGGUAACAUUAAUGAUGUAUGCGGAACCGGAGAGUAUGGAAGCUUUCCAUAUUAUGUUGUCUAUGAAAAAGUGAAUUCUCUCCAAAAUAAUAUCUGCCGCACGAGGUUAUAUGCAGACAAGACCACUCCCAGUAAAGAAACAGACUUAAACUGCAAUUCAACAAAAUUGACCUAUAUUUGCAGGGUUGGUAGAUCAGACGAAAUUAAAUGUAAUUUUAAUGAUUUACUACAAUCAAAGAGUUCAGCAGACAAUGUCACCGGAGGAAAAGGUAUGGUCAGUGGUCUAGUUGUUGGCAAUGUUUUUAUUUCUAUUACAGGUAUGGUCAGUGGUCUAGUUGUUGGCAAUGUUGUUAUUUUGAUUUUGAUCUUUGUUAUCAUGUUCAUCAUUUACAGGAAACAUAGAAAAAAUGGCCAAACAUCUAAAUCAAUUAUGAGGCCAGAAAAUAAUGACGUGAAGAAAAAUGAGUUUUCAUUAUACGCCUCGGUAUCAGAAGAAACAAUUAUAUCCGGGAAUGUUCUAUCAAAUGAUCAAGCAAACUUAGUUUCUUCUGACUCAAAAAAUGCUAAGACGGAUCAGAAAUUUAUCUCGUUUGAUAAUACAAAAACUUCAAAUACGGAGAAAGAAGAUCAUUAUGAAAUAAAACCGGAUGGAGUUUACGACGUUUCUUCCCAUAAUGCAAUGAACAAAAUGGAUGGGGGAAAUGACAAUAUUUACGAUCGUCAAUUGGAAGACACAUACGACACAGGAAAUCUUCAAAAUAUCAACCAGACCGUAGAUGUUUACGAUCACACAUAGGAAUAAUUGUGUUUAAUUGAAUUCAAUGGACCUUGGACAUACUACAGUCAAGUAUGAGGGUCUGGAUGGAAAGGGGGGGGGGGGGGUCCUUCAAUUCUGUAUUCUUUCAUUUUUUGAACCAUCUUCUUUAUUCUUUUAAAAUUUUGCCUGUUAUUCUCUAUUCUUUAUAUUUUAACACCCCAUAAUUCUCUAUUCUUUUUUUUUUACCUAUUUUCCUUUAUUCUUUAUAUUUUUUGCCCUUUAUUCAACACUUUUUGUCCAUUAUUCUUUAAUUUUAAAACCCCAUCCAGACCAUAAAGUAUUGGAUAAAAGAUUGAACAUAUGCCAACUUAGCCUUAAUCGUGUCUAACAUCAAGCAUGUUCCCUUUUACUUGGAUACGAUAUCAAUGAUGAUCUCUAUUAAACUAUAUGAAAUUAUUGUUUGAUGCUAAUAAAUGAUGAAAUUGCA